AUGAAAUAUUUUUUGAGAGAAAAAAUUCAUGAUGUCUUUGAAAAAUAUGAUUGUGAAAAUGUCUUAAAUGACAAACAGAUGAAGGAGUGUAGCGAAAAAGAGAAGCGUUCAGAAAAAUGUAAUAAUUCUGAAUUGUUAUGUUAUAAUAAUUAUGGAAAUAAAGAAAAUAAUUUAUUAUAUAGAGUUAAAAAUAAAUUAUAUACUUCUGAUGUAAAUAAAAAAAAUGUUAUUAUAAAAGAGCAUGUAAAUGGGGGUAACGAACAUAUAAAUGGGGGUAACGAAAAUAUAAAAAGUGAUAAAGAAAAUAUAAAUAGUGAUAAAGAAAAUAUAAAUAGUUAUAAAGAAAAUAUAAAUAGAGGCAACGAAAACAAGUUGAUUUUAUUUUCAGAAAAUAAAAAAUAUUUAUUUAUCGAAAACUAUACAUCAGUUAUAUAUGAAAAUUGUGAAGAUAAAAUAAAUAUAAUUUUGUCAAAUGAAUAUAUACCUAAUGGAAAUAUAGAAAUACAAAUAAAAGGUAAUGAUACAUUUAUAGUUCCUUGUAAAAUUAAUAAAAAUAUAAUAAGUUGUUAUUUACCCCAACUCAGUAGAGGAAUAUACAAUAUAUAUAUAUAUAUAAAUAAAGAGAUUAUAUUUAUAAAAUUAUUGCGUCCUGGAAUUUCCUUAUCAGAAAAUAGUAAAUUUCUUAUAUUACAUGUAAUCGAAAUAGUUGAUUUUAGUUAUUGUGAAAAUAGACACGAAAAAAAAGAAAAUCAAAAAAAAUUAAGUAACCUGAACAAGUCAUAUGAUAUAACAUCAAACAACAACACAUUUACAAAUAAAGAAUUAUUAAAAAUAUAUAAUAAUUUAUAUAAAAAAUAUUAUACAAAUAUUAAUGAUAAAAUAAAAACUGAUCGAAUAGCAAUUGGACAAAAUUAUAAACUCAAAAUCACUAAUGAUAAUAAAUUUUAUGAGUUUCUUAAUUCUUACAAAAAUGAAUUUAUUAAUAAUUCUUUUAGAACAAAAAUAAAUAAUAAUAAUAAUAAUAAUAUUGACAUGAAUAAUAUAAAUAUUGUUUCUCAACUUAAUUUAGAAAAUUGCACAACUCAAAACAGGAUACCUAUUUUGUAUAAAAGAUUAUUAUAUGAUACUUGUAUAUACGAAAAUAAAAUUAUUAUUAUGCAAUUUCAUUCCAAAAUUUUUGAAUAUGACCCUUUUAAUAUGUUAUCUGCACACAUAUUUACAAAAGAUGAAUUAAAAGAUGGUUAUACAAUUUUUGCUCUUAAUUUGGUACCUACAUUGGAAAUUGAAAAUAGAACUACAGAUAAUGGUAAUAUCAAUAAUAAUCGAGAUGGAAACUUAAAAAAUAAGGAAUAUCUUGAUAAAAAUAAUUAUCCAAUAAAAAUUAUGAACAUGUCAGAAAAAUAUAUAAAAAAAAAAAAAAAAAAAAAUUAUGUUAGCUCUUUGAUGGUAUUUCGAUCUGAUGAAGCAAAUUGUGCUGAUAUACGUUUAUGGGAAUAUAUAAAAACAAUAGAUUGUGCAAAAAAUAAUAUUUGUAAUAAUUUCUAUAUAGAUAAAAAUAAUUACAAAAAUGACAUUCAAUGUCCUGUACCUGAUGAGCUAAUAAAUAAUAAAAAUAUUUUUAGAAAAUAUUCGCAAGGUCUUAAAAUUUCUGAACAAGUCAGCAUUUUUUUCGAAAAUUGGAAUGAAAAUUUAUUGCCCGUUCAGAAGUUUGUCCAAUCACCAAAAUAUAAUUUACCUUAUUUAAAAACGCAGGAUUUAUCAAAUUUUUUAAAAAAUAAAAAAGAAGAUAUAUUAUUGAUUAGCGAUUUUUGUGAAACUAAAGACCAAGCCAAACAAGAACAAAAAAGCGGUAUUGCCAAUUUGGAACAAAAGAAGGAGCCCCCCCAUAAUACCACAUUGUUAGAUGGGGAUAAAACUGACAAUGCUGCGUGCUUGCUAAACAAUUUCAUUUCUUUUGUGUUUGUCCUUAAUGGAAAAAUAUAUCAUAGCGUUGUGCCAAUUAAUAAGGUUCUUUUAUUGUUUAUAAUUAAUUAUUGGAUGCAUUUUGUUAAUACAAACAAAAGGCGAUAA